GUUUACGAGGUUCUCCCCCUCUUAGAAUUCUCGUGUCUGGAUUCUCUUCUUUUCUAUUCUCUUCUCUACUCUACUCCGACAAUACUACUCCAGUUACUUUCUCCUCCGCUUACUACAUUUAUCACAUCAUUCAUGUUGUUUCAGUGAAACUCAGUAACACAUUUGCUUUGGAUUCUGAAUGAGCUCCCAUCGAUGCCUUUAUUAGAUAUUGUUCCUGCUCAGCCUUAUUUGCAUAAUCAUCUGGGUCAACUGACGGCUCAAACCCUUACUCAUGCUAAACUUUUGUCAAGUAAAUUUAUUUCUGGAGAUGAAAAGCGACUGUGCUUUGCAUCGAAAUCAUUCCAAUUCCCUAUAAAAACAAAUUAUAGCUUUCGACCCCUUGAGACGCGGGGAGUUAAAUUCCUAAGCACUGCUGUUGCCACCGUUGAACCUGAGUAUUUAAUUCUUGAGGAAGAUGGACAAAAGGAUAAAAUGCUGGGUGUGGAUUCAAGUCCAUCAACAACUCAGCUUCAGUCAUCUAAUGGAAACUCUACUGAAUUGGAUGAGAGAGAACGAUUAAGACGGAUGAGAAUUUCUAAAGCAAAUAAAGGAAACACACCAUGGAACAAAGGAAGGAAACAUAGUGCUGAAACCCUUCAACGGAUCAGAGAGAGAACAAGGCUUGCAAUGCAGGAUCCAAAGGUCAAAAUGAAGUUAGCUAAUCUUGGACAUGCUCAGAGCUCAGAGACUAGGAAAAAAAUUGCGGUUGGAGUACGUAUGGGGUGGAAAAAGCGCCGUGAGAAGUUGAUGAUUCAGGAACAUUGUUAUUUUGAGUGGCAAAACUUGAUUGCAGAAGCUUCUAGAAGGGGUCUGGUGGGUGAGGAAGAGUUGCAAUGGAAUUCUUUUAAGAUAUUAGAUGAACAGCUUAAGCAGGAGUGGUUGGAGCGUCUUGAACAAAGGAAAUCUAUGUCUAGGCCAAAAGGUAGCAAGAGAGCUCCAAAGUCCCCUGAACAAAGAAAGAAAAUUGCAGAAGCAAUUGCUGCCAAAUGGGCUGAUCCGACUUACCGGGAGCGGGUUUAUACUGGGCUGGCAAAAUAUCAUGGCAUUCCAGCUGGAGCUGAAAGAAAGCCUAGGAGAAAGCCAAGUGGUGAUGGGCAGUCUAGAAGACGAAACUCCACAAAGGAAAAAACAGAUAUUUCCCUAAUGAUGGAGCCUCCAAGCCGAAUUGAGAGGUUGAGAUUGAAGAGAGGUAAUACACCCUUGUAUAAGGAUCCUUCUGCUUGUUCUAAGCUGGAGAUGAUAAAGAACAUCAGAGCACAAAGAGCAGCUGAAGAAUUAAAGAAAAUUGAAGCUAUAGAACGAGCAAGAUUAUUAAUUGCUGAAGCGGAGAAGGCUGCAAAAGCCCUUGAGGUUGCUGCCACAAAGAGCCCUAUUGCUCGAGCUUCCCUCAUGGAAACGAGGAAGCUAAUAGCUGAAGCGGUACAAUUAAUUGAAUCCAUAGAAAUGGGGCAGGUCAUGGCCAAAAAUGAAAAUGGUGUAUAUCAUUCAAUUGAUUCAGCUGAAGUGGUUUGCUAUGUCAAAGAGGAAAUAGAUACACAGAAUGGAGGUUUGAGCCAACCGGAACAUAUGAAAGUAAAUGGAACUCAAACAAUACCAAGUAAAGACGAGGCUUUCAACUUUGGUAGCUUCACGAUGCAAGAUAAACUGAACAGGAAGGAACUUCUUUCUAAAAAUUCCAACGGAUAUAAUUUGCAGACACUGAAUUUGGAGAACCUAAUAAGAAAAUCAGAUUCAACAAGGCAACUUGGCCAUUUGGAACCAAAUGGAAACGUCAAAUGUGAAAAGAAUCUUCAACCAAAUGGAGCAAAGGUUCACAGUAUGGAAGAGCAAACGACUGGUAAAGUAAAAAGUAUGACUAAAAAGUGGGUUCGUGGGAGGCUUGUUGAAGUGAUAGAAGGAGCAUAAUUCUCUAUUUCAGAAGAUAGUUGUUAACCCGGCAAAUCUUUUUUUAAUCUAAUAUCAUUAUUUUACUAAUGUAAUAUUUAUAGAGCUACAUACACCAUCAUUAGUGCUUAUAAGCCUAUGUAGUAUGUAUUACUUCAUAUCAGCAUUCAAUGAUGGGCUACUUUUACAAUUUUAGUGAGUAGUUCACUGCUUUUUCUCA